UACCGUGGACGCAAGUCUGGGAACAAACCACCCUCCAAAACAUGCCUGAAGGAAGAGAUGGGCAAAGGGGAAGAGUCGGACAAGAUCACCAUCAACGUGGGGGGCACCCGGCAUGAGACCUACAAGAGCACCCUGCGGACUUUGCCGGGCACCCGCCUGGCCUGGCUCGCCGACCCCGACGCCCAGAGCAACUUUGACUUUGACGGGAAGAGCAACGAGUUCUUUUUCGACCGCCACCCCGGGAUCUUCUCCUACGUGCUCAACUACUACCGCACGGGGAAGCUGCACUGCCCCGCGGACAUCUGCGGGCCCCUCUUCGAGGAGGAGCUCACCUACUGGGGCAUCGACGAGACCGACGUGGAGCCCUGCUGCUGGAUGACCUACCGGCAGCACCGCGACGCCGAGGAGGCCCUGGACAUCUUCGAGAGCCCCGAGCCCGGCGGAGGGGCCGGCGGGGAGGAGCCCGAAGAGGAAGGGGGUAGGGAGAUGGCCUUGCAGCGCCUGGGCAUGGAUGACAGGCCCCCCGGGGCGGCGGGGGCUGCUGGAGGGGGUGGCUGCUGUCGGAACUGGCAGCCCAAGAUGUGGGCGCUCUUUGAGGAUCCCUACUCGUCCAAGGCGGCCAGGGUCGUCGCUUUUGCCUCGCUCUUCUUCAUCCUGGUCUCCAUCACGACCUUCUGCCUGGAGACACACGAGGCCUUCAACAUCGACGUCAACGUGACGGAGACCCUCGUGGUGGGCAACACCACGACGGUGCUGCUGACGCACAAGGUGGAGACGGAGCCCAUCCUCACCUACAUCGAGGGCGUCUGCGUCCUGUGGUUCACCCUCGAGUUCCUGGUUCGCAUCAUCUGCUGCCCAGACAAGCUUCUCUUUGUCAAAAACCUGCUCAACAUCAUUGACUUCGUGGCCAUCCUGCCCUUCUACCUGGAGGUGGGCCUCAGUGGCCUGUCCUCCAAAGCCGCCCGGGAUGUGCUGGGCUUCCUGCGGGUGGUUCGCUUCGUCCGGAUCCUCCGGAUCUUCAAGCUGACGCGGCACUUUGUGGGUCUCCGGGUGCUGGGCCACACCCUCCGCGCCAGCACCAACGAGUUCCUGCUCCUCAUCAUCUUCCUGGCCUUGGGGGUGUUGAUUUUCGCCACCAUGAUCUACUACGCCGAGCGCAUCGGGGCCAAGACGUCCGACCCCACCGGGAGCGACCACACCCACUUUAAGAACAUCCCCAUCGGGUUCUGGUGGGCCGUGGUCACCAUGACGACCCUGGGCUACGGUGACAUGUACCCCAAGACCUGGUCGGGGAUGGUGGUGGGGGCUCUGUGCGCCCUGGCCGGGGUGCUCACCAUCGCCAUGCCCGUGCCCGUCAUCGUCAAUAACUUUGGGAUGUACUAUUCCUUGGCCAUGGCCAAGCAGAAGCUGCCAAAGAAGAAGAAAAAGCAUAUACCCCGCCCAGCCCCUCUGGACUCCCCCACCUACGGCAAAUCCGAGGAAAACUCCCCCCGGAACAGCACCCAGAGCGACACCUGCCCGUUGGCAGUAGAGGAGGGGGCGACUGAGCGGAAACGGUCAGACUCCAAGCAGAACGGGGAGGCCAACGUGGUGCUGUCGGACGAGGAGCAGCCGCUGUCGCCGGCGGGCGAGGGGAAAGGGCCCGUGCGCCGCUCCAGCACCAGGGACAGGAACAAGAAAUCCUCCACGUGCUUCCUGCUGGCCACGGGGGACUUCUCCUGCGCGGCUGAUGGAGGCAUCCAGAAAGACUCCUGCCAGGACGCCCUCGCUUCCAGUUACGCCCAGGGCGAGGUGGUCACCUUCUCCUGA